AUGCCUUCGUUUCCCGCGACACCGUUGGUUCGACAGAGAGAAGAUGGCUUGCAACUGAGCUAUCGACUACCGCAUCGCAUCCACGCCGCUAAAGGAUAUCCUCUCCGAGCUCCUAAUGGCUCUUCGAUCAUUGUUUAUGGCAACGAAACUGGCUUGAAAGUUGUGUGGAGAGGAGGAAGGCAGUUCUCAGAGCUGAAAAGGCCUGAAGCUUCACGACAGAACAGGAGCAAUGCAAACAAUGACGGCGACUCGGUCAUGAUCAUUGACUCCGAUGAGGAGGAUGUCCCCGAAGCAGUCCCAGCCCCCGAAGAAUCAAGUUAUGAUUUUGUCUCGGAGGAGAGCGAAGUCGACCCUGCAUUUCCAUUCGAAUCCAUCCUGCGACAAGUCGACAUUCCCUUGGGCAGCCGCGUGCUCGAUCUGGCUAUACCUCGUGUUCUUCCUGAAGAAGCACGCUCACCUUUGGAUCCAUUCCCGCCCAUUGCGAAGAACAACAUCGUCAUAGCGGCAGUCUGCUCGGACUUCUCAACCCACGUCGUUACUUUGCCUCUUAUCCCCCCUCACCCAACACAGACCGACCCACAGAGUUGGCACAUCCAAUCUUUGACUAUCAAUGGAGGCGUGACCCAUCAAGACAUUCCUCGCGGUGUUUCUCUCACCUUCACCUGCCAGGACACCGAAGAUGACCAAGAACGCAGGAAUUCGCGCAGCAGAGCUGGAGGUUCGGGAAAAUGGGACCUUCUUGUGGCCACGCACUCUGCCGAGGGUCCCGGCGUGCUUCUGUUACAUCGGCUUCCGAUUCGCGAAGAGUCAAACGGAUUCUAUCACAUUAUUGAAGAGGACCUCAUCUCUCAACGGCGGCUUUUGCCCUCACCAGCUCAAACCAUUGUCUUCAACCCCUCUACUUACCCGUCGGCUCGCCAUUCUCAUCUGCUGGUAGCAUUCCACAGUGGAUGUGUCAAAAUUUAUUCUUGCUUUUCUGUUAAAAAGGGGCCGAAGACAGCGCGGCGGGCAUCGAAUACAAAUGAAGAAUACGAGACCAUUGAUACAGAGGGUCGCUGGCUAAUCAGCCUGUAUCCUGGUUUUGAGCAGAACCCCACGGGACUCCCUCGCCGCAAGACCAUCAUUGAUGCCGAUUGGGUACUGGGUGGCCGCGCUGUCAUGGUGCUUCUAGUAGAUGGCGAAUGGGGUGUUUGGGAUAUUGAAGGUGCUGGCCCCGGGGCUGCGAAGGGCCCGUUGCACCGCCAGACCACUGUGCAAGGCGUAACUGGAGGGUCCCUCACAGCCUAUGCUGUCAGCGGUCGAAUUGCAACUCCCCUUUCCAACACACAUUCUGAGAUAGAGAACCGGCCGCGGUUUGCGCCGAUGACACCAUCUACCAAGCGGGUUCGCGAGGAUACCCUUCUGAAGGGGUCCAUGACUGAGCUAACCCCUUCUCUCCGAGGACAAAUAUCUGUCCUUCAGAUGAAUUCAUCUCAAGAAGCCAUUCCGGAUGAGUCAAUUCUCUUCCGUCAUGGUCGGCAGAGUGCGAUGAUCCCAAGUUUGAUCUCACUCUGGCGUAACGCUGUCCGAGCAUCCGGCACUCUUGAUGCCUCCAACCGAUGCCGUGUGACCCCAUUCCAGGAUGUGAACCUAAUGGGCGAGAAUUGCACGGCAAUUAGCCAUCUUCCGGCACCUCUUCGCCGCUCUCGUGCUGCCGAGCGGCAAUCAUUUGACGUGCUGGUCGCUGCGGAACACCAAGUGAUGAUCCUUGCGCCGCGUCUGACCGAAUCUGCCGAAGACAGCAACUCGACCCACAGUGCACAGCAAGAAGCUACAGCGAAUGACCAAAUGAUGUUGCAACGAGGCGAACUAGAUGUGGAGGGAAUGGGACGGCUGCUCAACGGUAUGAACAGCCCUAUCAAACGGACCCGCAUCUUCGCUUGA